UCUACUCGGAGGGAGAACUUAGUUUAUGAAGCCCACCUCCCGGCCCAGCCCGUCCUGUUCUCUGAAGGCGGUGGAGGAAGGUGUCCGUGAGCGGGCUGCGAAGUGGAGCAGAGCUGGAUGGGGAUCGCCACGCUGCCGCCAGCGGCCGCCGCCGCGCCCCUCAGUCUCCCCAGCCGGGCAAGGGGGCGGCCAGGGCGGGGGCUCCGCCCGGGGUGGGCUCGCGGCCGGGCGCGCGUGCGGGACACACCGGCCGCGCGGCCUCGGCCGCCCUUGCCCGCGAGGCCCUCCGGAUGCCCGCGCUCGUCCUCGGCGUCGCGCCCGGCCUCCUCGGGGAGCCGCGCGGGUUGGGCGCGCUCCCAGGCGCAUUCCUGGCCGGGCAGCCCCUCCUCCUCGGCCUCGGCCCCGGGGCUGGCGCCUCCCCGCCUCGCCGGGGCUGUCUCGUGCGGGCGGCUGCGGACGCUCGUGGCCCGCGCGCGGCGCACCUGGACCCGAGACGGCGCCGGCCGCGCUCCGGGGCUCCCGCCGCCCUCCCUGCGCGAGCCGCUCCGGGGCCGCGCGGCGCCCUGCACCCCGCGGGGCGGCCGCGGCGUGGGCCGGACCGAGGCGGCGUCCCCCCAUCCCCAGCCCAGCGGUUCCCACUGGCAAGAUGGUGCCCCGCUGUCCCCGCGCGCUCCUGCUGCUGCUGCUGCUGCUGCUGCUCGCCGGCCCCGCGUCGCGGGCUUCCCAGAACUGUCUCAACAAACAGCAGCUCCUCACGGCCAUCCGCCAGCUGCAGCAGGUGCUGAAGGGCCAAGAGACGCGCUUCGCCGAGGGCAUCCGCAACAUGAAGAACCGGCUGGCUGCACUGCAGAACUCUGUGAACAGAGUGGGCCCAGACACCCCCCCAGUUUCCUGCCCUGCUCUGAACGCCCCUCUGGAUGGCAGAAAGUUUGGAAGCAAGUACUUAGUGGAUCACGAAGUCCAUUUUACCUGCAACCCUGGCUUCCGGCUGGUUGGGCCCAGCAGCGUGGUGUGCCUUCCCAACGGCACCUGGACGGGGGAGCAGCCCCACUGCAGAGACAUGAGCGAAUGCUCCAGCCAGCCUUGUCAGAAUGGUGGCACGUGUGUAGAAGGAAUCAACCAGUACAAAUGCAUCUGUCCUCCCGGGAAGACGGGGAGCCACUGUCAGCACCAGGCCCAGACAGCCGCCCCGGACGGCAGCGUGGCCGGCGACCCCGCCUUCAGCCGCGCGCCGCGCUGUGCGCAGGUGGAGCGGGCGCAGCACUGCAGCUGCGAGGCCGGAUUCCACCUGAGCGGCGCCGCCGCGGGCGACAGCGUCUGCCAGGAUGUGAAUGAAUGCGAGCUCUACGGGCAGGAGGGACGCCCCCGGCUCUGCAUGCACACCUGUGUGAACACCCCGGGUUCCUACCGCUGUGCCUGCCCCAGCGGGUACCGGACCAUGGCCGACGGGAAGAGCUGUGAGGACGUCGAUGAGUGUGUGAGCCCCCAGCACGUGUGUCCCCGGGGAACCAUGUGCAUCAACACCGGUGGAGGCUUCCAGUGCGUCAGCCCGGAGUGCCCCGAGGGCAGCGGCAACGUGAGCUACGUGAAGACGUCUCCGUUCCAGUGUGAGCGAAACCCCUGCCCCAUGGAGAGCAGACCGUGCCGUCACUUGCCCAAGACCAUCUCCUUCCAUUACCUUUCUCUGCCCUCCAACCUGAAGACGCCCAUCACGCUCUUCCGCAUGGCUACGGCCUCAGCCCCCGGCCGACCCGGACCCAACAGCCUGCGGUUUGGGAUCGUGGGUGGGAACAGCCGAGGCCACUUUGUGAUGCAGCGCUCAGACCGGCAGACGGGGGAGCUGAUCCUCGUCCAGACCCUGGAGGGGCCUCAGACGCUAGAGGUGGACGUCGACAUGUCAGAAUACCUGGACCGCUCCUUCCAGGCCAACCAUGUGUCCAAGGUCACCAUCUUUGUGUCCCCUUAUGACUUCUAAGGCAGCUGUGGGAUCACUGCGGUGCAGAGAUCUGGGCUCAUCUCUCUUCCUCAGAGAUUCAGCUGUGGGUCUUGACUGCGACAGACCUCUCUCCCCACCCUGCCCUGCCCCUGCCCUGUCCCUGCCCACCUGCCCACCUGCCUGUGCCCCCAGGUUUCUAGGGCACCGCGCACACUCCUCCAUGGAGUGGCACAGAAGGGCAGCCACGGGACCCAGACUGCUGCCAUCACCGUUUUCUUUCUGCUUUAAGCUCUUCCUGUAGAUUAUGCACUAACCUUCUCAAGUCUUUUUUACAGGGAAAUGGGCGGUUUUUCAAAAUGCUGGGUGAAUGGCUUUGUGAGUUUGAACCAGCUGGGGAGGGAAAAGCUUAUGAUAUGUGUCUGAGAUGACUGUCAGCCCUCUGCAUUGUUGUAGUCAAGCCUCUAGCAUGCUGAGGGCCGGAUCGUGCCCCUGCACAUGUGGGCAUAGGGACUGGGUCUCCUGCCACAGCCCGGCAUAUCGUUCUUAUCUGCAUUCCCUUCUGUGACAUGCCUGCCGGGCUUCUCAUCAGAAAGCCGUGGCAGGGCCUGGAACCCCCGUGCAGAUUCUUCUAGACCAAGGAACCAACAUUAAAGCAUAAGUUCUGCCUGAAGUAAUUCCCUUUUGAGAACUCGUAUCUCAGAACAUAACCUGGUAUUAUAACAGAAGAAAUAAAGUCUGUUGCUCCUA